AAUUCGGAGUACUGUUUGUUGGCAGGUCCUCCAUGGAAACGAGCUCAGUUGUGAAGUUUUGUUUAUAUACGUGGGGAGCCAACAGUUACGGUCAACUAGGACAGGGACAUGUGGAGGACCAGUCCCUGCCACAGCCGGCAGAAACCACCGCCUUCCAAGUCCAGUCUGUCCGGACGCUAAGCGGAGGAGGCGGGCACUCGGUAGUGGUCACCGGAAACGGUGAAGUCUUUGUAUGUGGGCAGAAUAACAAAAGACAACUCGGUCUUGGACAUACCCUGAAUGUCUACACUCUUGAGCUCUGUCCUAGUCUGAGGCAGAAAAUCACAAAUGUUUCCUGUGGUUGGGAUUUUACACUUCUUCUUUCUGACACUGGUCAACUACUGGCAUGUGGAUCCAACACAUUUGGACAACUGGGCAUCGGAGAGACUGUCCAACAUUCAUCAAAUUGGCUUAUUGUGCAGAGUAUAAAGGAACGCAUAGUGAGUGCAGCAGCAGGACUUAGACACUCACUCGCUGUAACAGGCUCAGGUUCUGUAUAUCAGUGGGGAACUGGUCUUUGCAGUCAUGCUAAAAGAGUCUUCACUGUCAGUGCUGUACCAUCACAUUUCAGUAGCAAGCUUCCUUGUCUGGUACCAGGUUUGGCAGAGAAGAAUCCAUGUAUGGUAGCUGCAGGAAUGGUACAUUGUUUAUAUCUUACAGAGGAUGGUGAGUUGUUUAUGUGGGGAAGCAACAAGCAUGGUCAGCUGACAUCCUCAGAUCCUUUUGUUUCCUCACCCAUCUCCCUGAAGCGCUGCCUUUUGGGUGGAGAAAAAAUAACCAGUGUUUGGAGUGGAUGGACGCAUAAUGUGGCUCAAACAGAAUCUGGGAGAGUGUUCACAUGGGGCAGAGGAAUUUAUGGACAGCUGGGCCACACGGUAUCAGCCAAUCAGAACUCAAAACUGUUGUCACAUGAUCCUAUGGCAGAAGGUGGCAGCCAGGAGGCCUGCCUCCCUGCAGAGGUCAAAGUGCUUAGAGGGGCCACACAGAUUGCCUGUGGAUCUGAACACAACCUUGCAAUUGUUGGGAGCAGUCUUUUCUCCUGGGGUUGGAACGAACAUGGGAUGUGCGGAGACGGGUCACACACUGAUGCUCUAAAACCAUGUCUCAUCCCAGGGCUCCACCCGCUCCUCAUUGGCUGCGGAGCUGGACACUCUUUGGCGCUGUGUACUGCGACAACUCCAUCUCAGUAACAUCCAGUUAACCGAGUUUGAAGGAUUUCACAACACUGAAUGUUGAUUUACUACAUACAGUAGUAAUAUGUGCCUUUUAUCAAAUUGCCCAUCCCACGUCAACUUUCAACUCCUCUGAACCUUUUGCAAAGGUCACACAUUAAAUUGCAUUCGCCAUAAACGGUGUCAUGUUGAUGGACACCAGUUGAAAUAUGUUUUCUUUGAAGUGAAGCUAUACUUUUUCUACUGGCACAUCACCUUGAUGGACAUGAUUAGAGGUGAUAGCUUUGCUGAACCUGGUGGCUGCGCCUAUAGCGAUAUAUGGUAUCGGACAACUUGCUUUCAUGAAUGAAGCCGUUAUGGCGCAUUGACGUGUGGGCUCCGCUUGUGUUCUUUUAUAACCGAUGUUGUGUCCAUGCUUUCAAUUAAACACAUUAAAGAGCAUUCAGUUAAUGCCAGUAAUGAUUUACUGUUUAAGCAUAAAAAAGUAGCCUUUAUUUUUUCCACUGCCCUCUUCUUGUGUAUUUUUAUCACACACAUUUGUGUGUCUUAUUUGUCACAUUUUCAUGUUUGACUAAUUCUACUACUUGAUAGACUGCCAGAAUAUCUCACUUGCUUGUUGAACCUUUAAUACAAGAUCACACAAUUGUAUAUGUCUAAAAACGGUUUGCUCUAGAACUGAAAUGGAGAAAAAAAGCUUUUGGUUAUUUUGCUUCCCAAAAAUUGAAUGUAUUUCAUGUGCAUGCUAAAUUGGAUACCACAAAUGUAGUUUAAUAAUUUGUUGACAAACAUUAUACUCACAUGUGCACCCAUUUUUUAUGUUUUAAAUGAACUUUUAUUUUUGUUGUUGUUUUUUUGUGUGCCCAUGAAAUGGAGAGUCGGAGUGCUCAAAUUGAGCUCUCACUAUAUAAAGAAAUGAAAACUGAAAAAUAUGUCUUUAUCUUGGACUUUUUACCCCUCUAAAUAUUUAUAAGCUGUUGGUGUCUGCAGUGCAGCACCUGGAGAUCAGUGGCAGGCUUGGGGCCAGUACAUGGUCAAGGGCAAUGUAAGCUCAUGAUUUAAUGAGCCUAAUAUGCCUUUUAAACAAUUUUCAUGGCAAUGCAAUUUAAUUAUAGAAUUAUAAAUAUCAUUGAAUUAAUGCACCUGUGUUAUUUAAACGAUAUAAAAAUGUGUACUUCGUAGUAAAAAAAAAAGGACGCGCUGAAAAAUAAUAAUUUGUGUUCUUUUAUUUGAUCACUAUUUUAUUGUACAAUCUGAACUGUAUUAUCACAAAAAAAAAAUCCCUAAACAACAAACCAAUCAGAACGAUUACUGAACACCUUUAUUAGGAUGAGUAACCACAAAAUGCACGGUGUCCACCAUAAUCUGAAUUCUCACUAAAUGGCACACGGUAGUUGCCUCUUUGUUGCAUUAUUGAAUCCAGUCAUAAACUGAUACAUCUCUCUUAUUGAUAUCACUUUGUACUCAGAUCUUGUUGUACCUGACCAGUUUUCAGAGUGUUGGCAGUGAGUUUGCAGUUAUUUGGAAAAAGUUGGUCCCUUUUCACUUUUCCACCUUUUUCUAACAUUUUCUUCAAAAGGUUAACCUUGUAAUCUUGAUGAAUGUUCACUGCUGCCUUAAACUGCUGAUAAGAGAGAUUUUAUAUGCACUGUACUGCUAUUCACAUCCAAAACUGAGUUUUUGAUGGCUGAAACCAAUAGCUAGUUUAAAAUAAAAAAAUUACCACAAUCUGUUGGCAAUAAUAUUUUAACAUAGGCACUUUUCAAGUAUGAAUAUGGAGUUUUGGCAAUUCUUAGUAUUGCAUACUAAAAUAUCAAUUGGCUAUAAACAAAACAUAAAUGUAUUUUCAAAAUGAUUGUCAAUUAAAAUGUAUUACUAAGUAAUCAUGUCAUAGCAGUAUUGUUAGAUAUGUCAAGAUUCAAAGAACAUUGAAUAUCUAUAAUCUAAAUAAUUUAAAAUAAAACGUUUUCAAAAUGUUACAACAAAUACCCCUUAAAUGCACCAUCUGCUUACUUAACUCUUAAGUGCAAGAGUGGUGCUUUUUAAGCCUAUAUGUUAAAACAUGAGCCGUAGUGGGUGUGUCUCACAUCGUCUGAAACAUGCUAAAGGAACGUUAAAAGUCCGUUGGUGCAAAGUAGUGCAAAUGUCUAUUGACAUUGUAUACAAAGAUGUGACCAUGACAAGUUAAUGUUGGUUUCAUCUGCAUCAUUUGGCCAACAUGACAAGUGUAAGGUUUUUGCCUGAACGGGUAGUUAAAUCGGAGCAACAUUUUUUUUUUGUUAAACAAAAAGCACACAAAUAUCUGAUGAUCACUCAAAACAUUAGUACACACAACUUGAACACACCAAAGCGUAUUUACACCACUGGCACACACCAAAAAUAGCCACACAAAAUACAACACAGUAACCAUCACAGAUACUGAGCUACAGAAGGCUUGACAACAAAACUCUGAGUGCUACAUCUAUGCUGAGUUUGUGAUGUACAGGUUGUCACUGUCACACCCAUUUAAAAAUGCUAAUACACAGAACAAUGCUACAGCACUAUCAGGUGGGAGAUGGGCCAUUAUGGGUCAUACACAUAGUGGUUGGUACACCAUGGUUCAUAACACAAACUGAUUCUGUUGGUUGUCUGCUCCGGUGCUGUCGCUGCGUCUCUAUAAACAUAUAAAAAUAAUAACACAAAUUAUUACACAAAUUAUGUUGAAAUGGUGGGAAAAUGGAAUGAUGACUACCUCCUGAGGCGCAGGCAGAGGUAUAAUGACACUAGCUUUGACAGUAAAGAAAAUGUGCUCCGUCAGUCUUCAUGGUAAAUGCUAAAUUUACCAUGUACUUCCCAUGCUUUAGCCAAGACACCAGACAAAGAUCAUUUUGGUUGAUUUGGGGUCGGUUAAUAAUCAUGCCCAUAUCAUGCUGCGUCUUACAGGUUGAUGUUCAGUCAUUGUCAUGCGUUGAUCUACUUUGCAUCAUGCUCUCAGUCACCUGGAAUAUUCUCCUCUGUUAAAUUUUUACCCCAACACAGGGAAACAUAAGGUCAAACAGCAGUUAAAUGCACUAAUCAAAUGCUGGCAAAAAAAACAAAAACAUGUAUGUAUGUCAUUGAAUAAAAACGGAGUCUAAACAAU